AUGUAUACAGCUUCAUUCGCCUUCUUCGAGGCACUAUGGGAGGCCGGCGUCACUCACUGCUUUGUCAAUCUCGGCAGCGACCACCCGUCCAUCAUCGAAGCCAUGGUCAAAACCCAAAACGAGAAGAAAGGCGCCCUGAGAAUAAUAACCUGCCCGAACGAAAUGGUAGCCCUCUCCAUGGCAGAUGGCUACGCUCGACUCACCAACAAACCACAAUGCGUAAUCAUCCAUGUGGACGUAGGAACGCAAGGACUCGGAGCAGCGGUACACAACGCCUCGUGCGGUCGAGCACCCGUACUGAUUUUCGCUGGUCUGUCGCCGUAUACGAUCGAGGGGGAGUAUAGGGGCAGUCGAACAGAGUAUAUCCACUGGAUUCAGGAUGUGCCGGAUCAGAAGAGCAUCGUGAGUCAGUACUGCAGAUACACAGGGGAGAUCAAGAGAGGCAAGAACGUGAAGCAGUUGGUGAAUCGGGCGCUGAGUUUUGCGACGAGUGAGCCGAGGGGACCGGUGUACCUUUGUGGUGCGAGGGAGGCGAUGGAGGAGGAUAUCGAGCCGUAUAGCCUGCAGCAGGAGCAUUGGACGGCGGCUGAGUUGGGUGGGUUGAAUAAGAGGCAGUUGCAGCAGGUAUCUGAAGCCUUGGUCAAUGCACAGGAACCGCUGCUGGUCACUGGAUACUCUGGGAGAAACCACGCUUGUGUGGAUGCUCUGGUAGAGCUAGCGGACACGAUCAAAGGCCUCCGAGUGCUGGACACCGGCGGCAGCGACAUGUGUUUCCCAGCAGACCAUCCAGCCUGGCUCGGCCUCCGCUACGGCAUGGAAGAGAGCAUCCGCGCCGCCGAUGUGAUUCUCGUCGUCGACUGCGACGUCCCGUGGAUCCCAACACAAUGCCGACCGAGCAAAGACGCCAAAAUCUUCCACCUCGACGUCGACCCCCUGAAACAGCAAAUGCCCGUUCACUACAUCAACGCCAUAGCCCGCUACCGCGCCGACGCAGAGACCUCCAUUAGUGAAAUCACCGCACACGUCAAAUCUACCUUCAACGAGAAACUCACCUCCCAAGCCUUCACAGACCGCUGGAACAAGCUCCGCGAAAACCACACAAAACGCCUCGAAACCAUCUCCUCGCAAGCCAUCGCCAGCAAGGAGGGCUACUUCGGCACCCCUUACCUCAUCUCCGAAGUCCGCAAAGCCUGCCCUCAAGACACGAUCUGGGCCAUCGAAGCCGUGACCAACACGCCCUUCGUCGCCGACCAGAUCCAAGCGACCAUUCCCGGAUCCUGGAUCAACUGCGGCGGCGGUGGACUCGGCUGGUCAGGAGGUGGUGCGUUGGGGAUCAAGCUAGCGACGGAUUUCGAAGCUGGCGGGACGAACAAAGGGAAAUUCGUAUGUCAGAUCGUCGGAGAUGGGACGUAUCUCUUCAGCGUGCCGGGCAGCGUCUACUGGAUCGCACAGAGAUAUAACAUCCCUGUCCUGACGAUCGUGCUCAACAACAAAGGCUGGAACGCCCCGAGAAAAUCUCUCGAGCUUGUACAUCCGCACGGAGCAGGCUCGAAGGUCAGUAAUGAGGAAUUGAACAUCUCGUUUGCGCCUACGCCGGAUUACGCGGGGAUUGCGAAGGCGGCGAGCGGUGGGAAGGCUUGGGCUGGAUAUGCUGGGAUCGUGGAAGAUCUAAAGAAGAAGUUGCCAGAGGCGGUGGCGGCGGUGAAGAGCGGUGUUUGUGCGGUGUUGGAUGCGCAUCUUGAUGGGCCUCAGGGGAAGUUCCCUGGAGAGAAGGCUGCGCUUGUGGGCUAA